AAUCUUUCAUCUGAUUUUAUAUGUUUGUUUUCAGGCAGCCAUUCCCAGCUGGUGAUCGGGUGACAUUUAAUGGAAAAGAGUGUAUCUGCCAGAAGUGUACCCAACCUCUGCCUGCCAACAGCCCAGCACCCAUUCAGGCUGUCCACAACUGUUGUGGUUGUGGGAGGGAGUUCAAGAAUGAACAGUCUCUUGUUGCUCUGGACAAGCACUGGCACCUGGGCUGCUUCAAGUGUAAAGUGUGCAACAAGGUGCUCAAUGCUGAGUACAUAAGCAAAGAUGGGAUCCCCUACUGUGAGAUGGAUUACCAUGCUAUGUUUGGCAUCCAGUGUGAGAGCUGUAAGAAGUACAUCACUGGGAAGGUUCUGGAGGUAUACUGUUUUUUUUAUAUGGGGAAAAUUCUUUGCCUCGUGUGUCCCACUCCUUUUUAUGGAGUGUCAAAGUUUUAUGAUUCAAAAAAUGAGUGACUUGUUAUAUAUUUA